UUUUGAUCUCUUAAUAAAUGUUCUUUCUGUAGUAUCUCUCCUGUAUUGAGGAAAUCGAGUUGAGUAAAUUAUGAAAUAUGUACUGAUGUAUUUAUAAUUAUAGUGAAUUGAUUGGGUCUUGUACGUGGACAUGUUAUCUUUCUUAUAUCUUGUUCAAAAGUAUGUGAUUUCAGGAAAACAGCAUCCGUGUGAACAUCGUCCAUGUGUCUUGAAGGAUAUGGAUCUGAAAUAUAUAGUUGGUCAAGCUGCAACAGUAUGCACAAUAGCCGUAUUCUUAGCCGGCAUAGAAAUAUGCCGUAAAAUUUGGAAGAAAAAAUCAACUUCUGACAUAUCAGCUCUUCCUUUUUUAUGUGGCUUAGUAAGUUGUUCAUUAUGGCUUAGGUAUGGUUUGCUUGUGAAUGAUUCAGCUCUUAUUGUUGUAAAUACUACAGGAGGCAUUCUUCAGAUCUUGUACAUCAUGUGGUAUGCUAGAUUUACAGUUAGUAAAGGAAUCUUUUAUAAACAGCUUGCUUUAUCUUUAUCUGUCAUUGGAUUUUUGUAUUGCUUAACAACGUUCAGUUUUGAAGGUGAACUUUCGCAGCAGAUAUCUGGUAUAGCAGCCUGUAGUGCCGGAGUUAUUUUUAUGGCUUCUCCGUUAGCCACAGUGGCACAUGUCUUGAGAACUAAAACAGUUGAGACUCUUCCAUUUGCAAUGAUUCUAUCUACUUUUGCUAUGGCCACUCUAUGGCUUUGUUAUGGAAUUUUAGUAAAUGACAAGUUUGUGCAAGUACCGAAUUUUCUUGGAGCCCUGCUUUCUCUUUCUCAGCUGUGUCUUUUUGCAGUAUUUCCUAACAAGAAGCCUUAUUAUGAACUUGGAAGUAUUUCUUAAUAUUGUUGCAUUUUGCAACAUAUAUUUUAGACCUAUGCACAUGUUUAAAUGUGCUUUGUAUUAUUUUUAGAUAACCUAUUUAAAAAUAUACUUCACUGAGAUUAAAAAAACAAGUAUUCAUAUAUCAUAAAUAGAAUUUAUUUUAUUAUUUUGUGAUAUUAUUUACUGUUAUUUGUGCCAAGAAAGAUGAUCUUCAUUUUUAUAGUUAAUUCACAGGUAGGUCAUUACUGUGUGUGUGUAAAUAUUUUUGUUUAUAUAAGUACAAAAACAGUUUCUAGUUGAGAUUAUAUUGCAGUCAUUAAUGUUUUAAAAUUUUCUAGUGUGUUAUCUUCCAUUAAGUAAAAUACCAUUUAUGAGAUUAAAAAAUAUAUUUAUGUGAAGUUCAUUUCGUAUAGAUAUUAAGGGCACAUAUGUGAAUAUGUAAGCAUUUAUCCCCCUUUAAUAGUGUGUACUUGUGGAUUCUUAUAUUGUUUAAAUUUUUACAUUAUUUCAGCAGAAUUUUAUUUUCCUAAUUUCAGUUAUUCUGGAAUUGUUAUGGUAUUUUCUGAAUUGUGAUAAAACUCAACAUGCCCCUCUUUUUUUUACAUGUGCAUUACAUUCGAAAAGUGAUAUAUAAUGUUACAUUUUUCUUGCACUGUAAAUUGCUUGAUUAGCAUGCUUUACAUUGUUUGAUUAGUACAUUUUAUUUGUAAUUGAAAAAUAUUUAAGAAAUUAACUUUCAUAUGAAGCCAAUGAAAUGGAAUACAUUUUAUAUGUUACAAUUAUCGGUCAUUAGUUGUGGCAUUACAAAGUCCUGAAAUGGCAAUUAAAACAUUCUCAAAGACUGUUACAUUGGCAUUUCAAAAUCUGAUAUUAAUGUGCCAUAAAAAAAGCUUUAUGUGAGAUUACAUGAUAUAAAGUUUUUAUGUAUAAAAUGCUGUCCAUCUAUGCUGUUUAACACUGUAAUAUAAAAUUUUGUUGUUCACUUUUUAGUAAUAUGUGUAGCUCAGGUAAUGAAAUAGUAAUUUGUUUAAAUAAUUGGGUUGAAUUCCUAUUUUUUACUUCAUUUUUAUGUUAACUUUUGCAUUUGUUGGGUAAUGUAUUAAAACUUAGUGGUAAGUAGCAAAUAUUUUCAGUACUUCUCUGUUAACAGGGCACCUUUUAGUGCAGAACAUAAACUUUGGGGUAAAAUCUACCUAGGUGGUGGCAACCCUAAUGCAUAAAGCCUUAUAAAAGCAAUGACUGUUUUAUUAAAUCCAGCAUAAAUACAAAAAAUAAAGACAAAUGCAAAUAUACAGAAUAGAUUUUACCUAGUUAAUUUCAGGUUACUUCAUUCAACAUUACUGAAAGCAUUUUCAUCAUUUCAUGCAAUUACUUCCAUAUUAAUUUGACAAGGUAGGUUGACAAUGUUGGUGCCCAUGUUAAUGUUACAUGGCAUCCUGUAUCAGGAUCAUUAACGUUGAAUUUAUGGUAAACUUGCUGGUUUUCAUAUCUGCCAGCUGCCAAUUUAUCUGCUUAAGCAACUAAAAAAUUUUGAGAGGAAAUUUUGGAUUGAUGUUCAAGCUCUCUAAAAUGAUGUCAGUGCACAGCUGUUCAUGAUGCCAUAUAACUAGACCACCAUAUUUGGUUGCUUUGGCAUAAAUAUGGUGACUGACAGUUAACAGAAAAGUACCAUGUUUUCUGUGUUUUUUAAUGUAUUUCCUUUUCCAUCGUACAGUUCUUAUUGUAAGAUUUAUUAUUUUGUUGUUUGGUUUAUUCAUCUGCUUCUUUUUUAGAAACAUUUGUUCAUUUUUUAAUUAUGAGAAUUUUUAAACUCUCAUAAGUGAAAAACACAAUAUAUGCUCUAAAAUUUAUAUCCUGAGAUAUUCAGUAUAUAUUAUUUGUUUAUUUAUAAACUUGUUAUUUUGUUAUAUUCUUCUGACCUAAAUGAAGACCAGAACUGCUAAUUGUCAUAUGUUUAACUUGUCUCCAACUUUGAAAGAUCAUUUUUGCUUUAAUGUGUUAUAGAUAAAUAAAUAAAAAAAGGGAACUUAGGGUAUUUAUCAUUUCUUUAUAGGCUAUCAAUAAUAAAAUUAUUGGGUUUAUUAGUGUGAUAGUUUUGAAAAAUUUAUAUCAUAUGUGUUUUCAUGUAGAUGUAAUUUAAAACAUUUAAUUUUAAAUCUUUAUUUAUUCACAUAUUUUCCUAAUGUUACAAAAUUACCUGUUGUUCUCAUUUUAUUAUGUUAUUAAAACAUCUGUGCUACAUUUCUACAUACACAGAACUUAUUGUUUAAGUUUUGAAAUCUAGAAGUUUUUAUACUUUAUCUAUUAAAUCAUUUCUGAUUAUUCCUAAGAUUAUGUAUAACUAAUAGUGUGAUUUUUCUGUCCCGGUGUUGUACUUUGGACAAUGUAAAAUGUGUUAUGAAUGCAGAUGUAAACUGUAUAGAAUAAAAUACUUUUUUUUAAAUUUA